CAAACCAUUCGCCCGAUUUGAUCCACAUCACCACUUUGGUUCCUCCCAUUUUUCAUUUCAAAGUGAUACUAAUAAGCAAGUGCAAGGAUAGCUAGCUUGACAGUGUGGAAGUAGUAGUAGGAGCAAGAGGCAAAUUAAGGGGAAGCUGCAGGUGGUAGAUGCGUAAUGCGAGCGGCAGCAGCUGCUGCUCUCGGGUGGCGGCGCCGUUGCAUGCGCAAGUGCUUGGCUCGCCGUCUCCUUCUCAUGGCUACGGCGGCGCCGGCGACGGCUGUCUUCUGCAGGCACCUCCCCCGGCAGUCGUCUGCGGGGAGAUGCUGGCACUGACGACGCCGGCGCCGCCGUCUCUUCUCCAUGCACUGGCCUCCCUCAACGUCCUCCUCCUCGUCGCCUACCUCCUCCUCUUCCUCCUCGCCAAGCUCGCCGCCGGCCUUCACCGCCGAGGCCAUGGUAGCUGUGACGAGCACCAGGUCACGGAGACCUCCGGGAGGGAGGAGUUCGCCGGCGCCGACGACAUCGCCGGAGUGCAGCAGCAGCAAGCGGAGAUGCUGUUCUGGUUCGACGAGGCCGUGUUCGAGGACACUGCUCUGCUUGGUGGCGAAGGAAAGGAUCAGCUCAUGUACGACGCUGCCACCACACCACCUACACCUACACCUGCACGUUGCUUGCAGGUGGAGAGCACCUUUCCCAUGGUGGAAUCCACCCGACGAAUCUCGCCGCACCAUCGCCAGUGCAGCUUCAGCCAUGAGGAGCCCAAGGCCGCCGCCGCCGCCGCCGCCGCCACUGCGUCGAGCCAGAAGGAUAUCAUUCCGGCCGCCGUGCCAUCACCGGAGAACGUUCCCGUCGAAGCCGGGGAAGAGGACGGCCAUGGCGAACACGGAGAAGAAGACGAUGAGGAGGAGAAGAGGUUUAGGGGAGAUGACGUGAAGCUGUUCGUGAACAGCCGGGCGCUCGCCGACACGAAGAAGCUGCUUCUGGAGGGCGCCAUGGCCGGGAAAGGAGGAGUGCAGCGCGAGCGCGAGGAGGAGAGCAGGUUGGGCGCGUCGACGCUGACGAGCGAGUCGACGUCGAAGAGCUCGGUGGAGUGGCGGAGCUCGACGGUGACCAAGGACUCGGAGACGGAGUACCCCUUCUCGUCGUCGUCUCGCCGGAGCUCGUCGCGGUGGGAGUCGUACGCUCUCUUCCGCAAGUACGACGAGGACAUGGUCUACUUCCAUCGCGUCGGCGCCCAGAAGCUCACCGAGACAGAGUCGUACAGGUCGAUAAAGUAUCAGCCGCGAUCGGUGUCGGAGCGGAUCGUGCAGAAGCUGACGCCGAAGCCGCGGCCGGCGAUCGGGCUGAGGGACCCGUACCCGGAGCUGGAGCGGGUGUACGUGGCGCAGAUCUGCCUCACCUGGGAGGCGCUCAACUGGAACUACGCCAGCUUCCGCCGCCACGCCGGCGACAUCGCGGCGAGGUGCUGCCCGGCGCGCGUCGCGCAGGAGUUCCAGCAAUUCCAAGUUCUUCUUCACCGGUUCAUCGAGAACGAGCCCUACGAGUACGGACUCCGCCCGGAGGUGUACGCCCGGAUGAAGAACUCAUCCCCCAAGCUUCUCCUCGUCCCAGAGUUCAGAGAUGAGGAGGACGAGAAGGACGAUCUGAUAUCGGCGGUGCAGUUCUUGUACAUACUGGAGGAGUCGAUCAGAACGUUCAUGGCGUUCCUGCGUGCAGACAAGAGGAGCCACUACCAAAUGUUCAGAGAAAUGGUGAAGAGGAGGACCAGCUCCAUGGAUCAGACUCUGGUCAUCACCCUCAAGAAGGCCAACAAGAAAAAGAAGAGCCGGCUCAAGGACCUGACGAGGCCAAGACGGUGUCUGAGGAGGACGAAGCUGAGGGAAGAAGAGGAGAUGUCAAUACUGCUGGGCUUAAUCGACCUCAAGAUCGUGGCCAGAGUGCUGCGAAUGCCGGAGAUCACCGAUCAGCAGCUGCACUGGUGCGAGGAGAAGAUGAACAGGGUCAAAGUCGACCCGGCUCAGGGCAAGAUGCAGAGGGACCCGUCUCCUCUUUUCUUCCCUGCACAUUGACAGCAGCAUCAGCAGCUGUAACUAGCUAGUCCCUGCUUGUAAUCUACUACUUUUUUCUUGCCCAUCUCCUCUUCAAAUCUUCCUUUGUUGAUAUAGUGAGAAAAAGAUAAAGUUGCAUAGACGACAUGAGAAUAUGCAUGGCACGCAGCUAGCCUGAUCUAGUUCUGUAAAAAGAGAGUCAGAGAUCGAUGAAGAGAUCGUGUAAAGGCAAUAUAUGUGUACUUAUGUAUUUAUACAUAGUAGAUAAAUAAGAGACCCACAUCAAUCUUGUAGUUGGGUGCAUGUGAUGUGGUGGGGGUGAGAUACUAUAA